UUUAUUGUAGAUUGCUACUCUAUGGUUGAGGCACAAAGGCUAUCAUAUGUCAAAGGUAAUCAAAAGACAAUUCGUAGAGAUUUCUUGGCCGGAUUAGAAGAAGCAGUUGAUAAGGGUGAUCUUGAUCCAUCACAUAUUGGUACAAGAAUUGUUUUACCAUCAUCAUUUACAGGUGGAAGAAGGUAUAUGUUUAACAAUUGUCAGGAUGCAAUGGCUAUAUGCAAAUUCUAUGGUUAUCCAGAUCUGUUCAUAACUGUUACAUGCAAUCCCAAAUGGCCUGAAAUACAACGAUAUGUAUCUCAAAAAGGAUUGAAUGCAUAUGAUCGGCCUGAUAUAACAUGUAGAGUUUUUCAUGCUAAGCUUCAACGGUUAAUGGUUGGCUUGAAGAAAGGAGAAUAUUUUGGAAAAGUUAGUGCUGGUAUGUAUACCAUAGAGUUUCAGAAGAGGGGAUUACCUCAUGCACAUAUAUUGCUUUGGUUAGCUCCAAGCUCGAAGUUGAAUAGACCUGAAUUGAUAGAUUCUUUUAUUUCUGCUGAGCUACCUGAUCCUAUUGCAUGUCCGAAGCUAUUUGAUGUUGUUUCAACAUAUAUGGUUCAUGGGCCGUGCGGUGGUGGUCGAAAAAAUUCUCCAUGUAUGGUAAAUGGUCGUUGUUCCAAAUUUUUUCCAAAGAAAUAUGUUGAGAAGACUUCAUUUGAUAUCGAUGGGUAUCCCAUUUAUCGAAGAAGGAACACUGGUGUUUCUGUUGAGAGACGAGGCGUUCAAUUGGACAAUGGCUAUGUGGUGCCUUAUAAUGCAAAAUUAUUGAUGAAAUAUCAAGCACACAUUAACAUUGAGUAUUGCAACAAGUCCAAUUGCAUCAAAUACUUAUUCAAGUAUAUCAACAAGGGUGUUGAUCGAGUAACUGUCUCCAUGACAAAUAAAGCUGAUCUAGGUGAAAAAGAGGUAAACAUUGAUGAGAUUCAGCAAUAUUAUGAUUGUCGUUAUUUGUCACCGUGUGAAUCUGCUUGGAGGUCAUUAUCUUUUGAGAUUCAUCACCAUUGGCCUCCUGUAGAAAGAUUAUCAUUCCAUUUGCCAAAACAACAAGUUGUUUUGUUUAGUGAUAAAGAACCUCUUGAUUCAGUUGUGAGGCGAAAGAAAAAAGAAGAAACAAUGUUUACUGCUUGGAUGACUGCCAAUAACAAAUUUCCACAAGGCAGACACUUGACUUAUGCUCAAUACCCUCAAUUUUUUGUGUAUGAUCGUAGGCAUAAGGAGUGGAGACCAAGAAAAAGAGGUUUCUCUAUUGAGAGGAUGAACUUUAUACCAAUUGGUUGUGGUGAGGUGUAUUAUCUACGAUUACUAUUGAAUUUACAGGUUGGAUGUACAAAUUACAAUGAUUUGCGAACUGUAGAUGGCAUUGUGUAUCUAUCAUUUCAAGAAGCAUGCUCAGCAUUGCAAUUACUAGAAAAUGACAAAGAAUUCAUUGAUGGUAUAAUUGAUUGUUCGGAAUUGUCAUCCGGAAGAUCAGGAAGGUACCUUUUUGUAACAUUACUAUUGUCAAAUUCAAUUGUAAAUCCUAGACAAGUAUUUGAGGAGACAUGGCGACUUUUAGCUGAUGGAAUUUUAUAUCAAAGGAGAAAAGUUCUAUGCAAUCCAGAUUUGCGAAUGGAUGAUGCUAUCUUAAGAACUUUAUGUUUAGUAGAAUUGGAAAAAUUGUUAGUGAGCAACGGAAAAAGCUUGAAGGAUAUUCCUACAAUGCCGUUUCCAAUUUCAAAUGAAGUUCCACAUUAUGAUAAUAUUCUACUAUAUAAUGAGUUGAGAUAUGAUGUGGGUGAUAUGGUUAAGAAGCAUGAUGACCAUGUUUCUAGGUUGAAUAAGGAGCAAAGAAUUGUAUAUGAAAAGGUUGUUGAUGCAGUGAAUGAAUCAUCUGGCGGAUUUUUCUUUGUGUAUGGAUCAGGGGGUACUGGGAAGACAUUUUUGUGGAAAACUUUGUCAUAUAAAUUUCGUGGAGAGCGGAAAGUUGUUUUGAAUGUUGCGUCAAGUGGUAUAGCAUCUCUAUUACUUCCUGGGGGUCGAACUGCCCAUUCUUUAUUUGGUAUUCCACUUGUGUUAAAUGAGGAUACCAUUUGCAAUAUCAAACAAGGGAGUAAUAAAGCAGAACUUUUGAAACACACAAGUCUUAUUAUUUGGGAUGAGGCGCCAAUGGUAAACAGAUGGGCAUUUGAGGGAUUGGAUAGAACUUUGCGUGAUAUCAUGUUAGUGAGUAAUCCUGGGUGUAUUGACAAACCUUUUGGUGGAAAAGUUAUUAUUCUUGGUGGUGAUUUCAGACAAACUUUACCAAUAAUUCCUAAAGCAAGUCGUGAAGAAAUUGUUAUGGCAACAAUAAACUCUUCAAGAUUAUGGAAGUUUUGCAAAGUUUUGAGGUUAGUAGAAAACAUGCGAGUGAAUAAUGCAGAUUCUAAAGAUGAUAUAGAACGCCGAACAAGUUUUAGUAAGUGGAUACUUGAUGUUGGAGAUGGUAAUUUGGGUGAUUACAAUGAUGGUGAAUGUGAUAUUCAAAUUCCUAAGGAUUUGUUGGUGGAAUCUAGAGGGGAUGGUGUUUCAAGUAUAGUUCAUUCAACAUAUCCAGAUCUUGAGUCAAAUUUUUUCAAGAAAAUUACUUUCUUGAUAAGGCCAUUCUUGCUCCAACUUUGGAUAUUGUAGAUACUAUUAACCAAUAUGUGCUAUCCCGAUCACCUGGUAAAGAGAAAGUAUAUC